AUGCAAGCAUUGCACAAUCAAGCACCACUUCAACAAGAAUAUUUUGACAGAUACAAUUCGGGAGGUCCUAUCAACUGGGAAAUUGGUCGACCACAGUCCGUCGUGGCACGUCUUGCUCAUAACGGUUUCUUUUGGGGUCGUGUUCUUGAUAUUGGCUGUGGUCUUGGAGAUAAUGCUCGCUGUAUCGCUCAACAAGAACAAUCGAAAAGUCCUGUUCAAGUUGUGGCUAUUGAUUUGGUGCCCAAGGCCAUUGAAAUGGCUAAGGAACGAACCAAUCAUCAUGAGUUUUCUAAUUUGACUUUUAUGAUUUUAGAUGCACUAAAAGAAGACGAACAGGUUGAUCUGGGAAAAUUUGAUUUUGUUCUUGAUUCAUGUCUCUUUCAUGGUUUUCCGAUGAACAUAAACAAACCUACAUACGUCAACUUCAUCGAUGGCUGAAACCACAAGGUAUCUACGUGCAACUAGCAUGGAGUGAAAAAGAAACAUUGGAUCGACCAAGAGGCCCACGAAAAGUUACUAAAGUUGAACUUGAACAACUGUUCUCUGCUGACAAUGGAUGGCAAAUCGAAAGUAUUACCGAUGAAAUCAUCGAUAACAUUCCUGAGAUUAUGGGCGGACGUUCGAUUGCAUAUCUGUCAAUAAUCCGAAAACUAUAAAAACAUUGUGUCUCUACUAUUUAUUUUUGCUUGUGUCUUCCGUCAAGUUGCUCAGUCAUGUUGAACAAAUUUUAUCAUGGGUUUUGAUCCUCGUAAAUUUUUUUAGUCUAUUUUCUUCUUUCCACACACAAUUCGCUUCGUUACUACAAUAAAAGUGUUGAAAAACAGUUUUUUAUGAAAUUUUAGUAGUGUAGAGCUUGAAGACUUCGGUUCAAUAAAAAGAAAAUUUUCAAUGUUCAAGUCUCGAAGUGUUCAAAUGAACUAUAGCGGCGUUGUACAAAUCUCCUUCUGCUCAACAAUUCUUCACCUUUAAUUCCAAGUAUUCUGCGUGAAUGGUCCCGCGACCAUCAAUAACUACUGAGUAGGGUGUGGGUGUUGAUGUGAAUGUAAGUAAAUCUUCUGCCACUACUUAGAUUCACACCCAUACACGUAAAAAUUUAAUGGCUCAUCUUGAUUAGUUCUUUUUUUAUUGUAAUCAAUUCAUAUAUGAUUAUUUAUUUAACAAAUAUUUGUG